AUGGGAAACAGAUCAAGCAAACGUUCUAAGACAACGGCUAUUGAUACCAAAAAAAAGAAAAAAAAGACAUCGGCUAAGAUCUAUGCAACGGAAUUUAAAACGUACGAGGCUGCAUGUAAAGAAGACACGGAGAUCCAGUCUUUCGACAGGCGUAUGCACACACGGAUGAGUAACGUGAUAAGCACGCUAUCUACGGGCGUUGACGUUGAGGGUCGAGCGGUCUCGUUCGAUUCCUUGAAAGUAGUGACGGAGAGUUUAUUGGACAUGAACCAAGAAGUUGUGAAAGCGGUAAUGGAUUGCAAGAACGAUAUAUGGAAACAUAAAGAAGUGUUUGAGCUCGCUGUAGAUUUCUUUGACAAUAGCACGAAGACGCUCGACUUCUGUUAUGCUUUGGAGGAAAGCAUGUGUCUGGUUGGUAGUAAUCACCAGUUGAUUCUUUCAGGGAACGGAUACAAGAAGACACUCAAAGAGCUGAAGAAAUUCAAAGACGCAAAGACUCCUUUUGGCGAAGACUUCUUCAAGAUGUUCCAAAUCGUUUACGAACAACAAAUGCUGAUGCUUGAGAAGCUUCAGAUUCGUACGAAGAGGCUCGACAUUAAGCUCAAGCGCAUCCGCACAUGGCGAAAAAUCUCCAGCAUCAUCUUCGUGGCUACCUACGCCACUCUGCUCAUCUGCUCUGUUGUGGCUGCGGCUAUUGCGGCUCCUCCUGUGGCUGCGGCUCUCGUUUCUGUCAUAGUGCCAAUGGGUUCCAUGGGGAAAUGGCUCCACUCGCUGUGGAAGAAAUAUGAGACUGCAGUUAAAGGACAAAAAGACGUGUUCUUUUCGAUGCAGGUAGGGACGUUUGUGGCAGUUAAGGAUUUGGAUAAUAUCCGGUUAUUGAUCCAACAGUUGGACAAUGAGAUCAAGAUGAUGGUGACGAGUGCGGAAUCUGCGGUGGAGCAUCAUGAUACAAUCAAGAUUCAGAUCCAUGAGAUUAAGAAGGUUCUUUCGGUGUUUAAGAAGAAAAUAGAAGAAUUGGGGAAUCGAGCUGAUUUGUGUAGCAAAGAUAUUAUAAAAGCAAGGGAGGUGGUUUUCCAUAAGAUCAUUAAUCAUACCUGAAAUGGUUGUAGCAGCAACUGAACAAAACAAACAAACAAAGACUAGUACAUAUUCUAGCUAUCUUGAGUUUUACUAUCAAUAUGUUCAAUAGUUCAAUACUACUAUUUAUUAUAUUUUUUUGCAAUUUCUGUA